AGAGCAAAUAAGAAGCGCGCUAAACCAGAGCAGCGGGAGAGAAGAGGAGGCAAGCUGGUGCUGAAGGCGACAAUGAUUAUUCCGGUUCGCUGCUUCACCUGCGGCAAGGUGAUUGGUAACAAAUGGGAUACUUAUCUUGACCUUCUUCAGGCCGACUACACUGAAGGAGAUGCUCUUGAUGCUUUGGGCUUGGUCCGGUAUUGCUGUAGACGAAUGCUUAUGACACAUGUUGACCUUAUUGAGAAGCUUCUGAACUACAACACUUUGGAGAAAUCUGAGACUAGCUGAGGAAGUUUCUGGAGCUACCUGUAGUGGCAUCCCCUAUGCUUUACUAUGUUUCAUGCACGAGUGUUAAAUCAUUGCAUGACUGCUUGUUGCUGUUUAGUAGUUUUUUCUCAUCAUGAGCUGUGAUACUAUUAAGUCAGACAAAUGAAACUUAAAUUGUUGUGCUUAACAGAAUCAAAAUCAAUGCCUUAGUUCUGUGUUGGAUUGUUUGAGACUUGCUGUUUUCUUGGCAUAAUCAUUGUUAAGUGAAAGAAUAUGACGUCCAUUACAGAUUCAAUACAUAAAUAGAGGUUUU